CAAAUAACAUCUGUCAUGGACUUUCUGUUGCCUGGAAUGUAGACAUUCUAAUUUCUGGACUGAAAGAACGGGGUUGAUGGAUCUGAAAAGGGUCAAGAUGGAUACCACAGAAGAGCCUCAGAAAAAAGUCUUUAAGGCCCGAAAAACAAUGAGAGUAAGCGAUCGGCAACAACUUGAGGCUGUCUAUAAGGUCAAAGAGGAGCUAUUGAAGACAACUGACGUUAAACUGUUAAAUGGCAAACAUGAAAAUGGAGAUUCUGAUCUAAAUUCCCCUUUAAGCAACACAGAUUGCAUGGAGGACAAAAAGGAGGUUAAUGGUUUAGUGGAUAUAUGUCUUGACCCUGAAGAAGGGAGAACUGAAAGUGAGGAAAUCUCUCAUGUCAAAAGUCCUGAUGUCAGGGCAGAGAACAAAGAUGGUGACUUAGAUUGCAAACCUGAAACAUUGUCUCCAGAGAACAUUAUUUCUGAACAAGAGCAGGAGGACUCUAUUAUUGCUUCAGUCUCUGAGGGUGGAAAUCAGGUACUUGAUAACAAAAAAGAUGAUGACCUUCACGAAGAACACGGAAUAAAAGAUAGUUUGGACCAAAGAGAGACAGAGAGCCCAUCUGAAGGUGAAAGCAAAGUAAGCUGUGACGUUAAUGACUCUUCAGAAGAGAAAGCAGAAACAAAUGAAUUAGCUGUUAGUUCUGAUCUACUUGUUGAAGAAGAAAAAUGUGCUGAAGAAGAGGUUGUUGAUGAAGAUACUGUUGGAGAAGAAGCUAUAUCUAGCAGUAUGGAAACUGACCAGGAACCAAAGGAUGAAGGAGACCAAUCUGCAGAACUUCCAGAAACCACCAUUGAAAAGUCACUAGAAGAACCAAGCGAGAACAUCUUAGAAAACACAGACUCUAUGGAGACGGAUGAAAUAAUUCCAAUUUUGGAAAAGCUGGCCCCAGCUGAAGAUGAACUAUGUUGUUUUUCUAAAACUUCCCUGCUUCCAGUGGAUGACACAAGCCCAGAUUUGGAAGAUAAAAUGGAGAACUCUUUGGGUUCACCAUCCAAACACGAAAUCAGUGAAAGUUUGCCCAAAGAAGCUUUCUUAGUACUCUCUGAUGAAGAGGAGCCGUGUGGUGAGAAAGAGGAGGAUGCUGAAGUGGUACUACCAAACAAGACAAGUCUUCCAGAAGAGGUGGAAGAGGAGGAAAAAGAAAGCAAGGAACAGGAUAACGAGAGAGAAAAGGAAGAGCACAAAGAAGAAGAAAAGCAUCCAGAAAGAAGUGAAGUGUCAAGAAGGAAGCGUUCCAAAUCAGAGGAUAUGGACAACGUACAUUCUAAACGUCGUCGGUACAUGGGAGAAGAGUAUGAAGCAGAACUCCAAGUAAAAAUUACAGCCAGAGGGGACAUUAACCAGAAGUUGCAAAAGGUCGUCCAGAGGUUGUUAGAGGAGAAACUCAGUGCCCUGCAGUGUGCUGUAUUUGACAAGACUUUGGCAGAUCUGAAAACACGAGUAGAGAAGAUAGAAUGUAGCAAGAGGCAUAAAACUGUGCUUACUGAACUACAGGCUAAAAUUGCUAGAUUGACAAAACGUUUUGGAGCAGCCAAGGAGGACCUGAAGAAAAAACAGGAAAAUCCACCAAACCCACCUCUGUCUCCAGGGAAAGCAGUGAGUGAUACAGGCAGCAUCAGCAACCUAACCUAUCGAAAUGCCAGCACAGUGAGACAGAUGCUGGAGUCCAAGAGAAACAUAGGAGAGAGCACAUCAGCACCUUUUCAACCCCCCAUGAAUGCAGUGUCUGCUCCCAGUCUUGCUGCUCCUCAGACAGUGGUCAGUGGACAGCCCAAACCUCAGACUCCUGUGACCUCCAGCUCCAUGACAACAUCAGUUCUCCCUACAGCCAACACAGCUACAGUAGUUGGCACCACACAGAUGCCCAGUAGCAACAGUCAGCCCAUGUCUGUCUCACUGCAGUCUUUGCCAGUAAUUUUACAUGUUCCAGUUGCAGUAUCCUCCCAGCCUCAGCUCCUGCAAGGCCACACAGGGACUUUGGUCACCAACCAGCAGUCAGGCAAUGUUGAAUUUAUAUCUGUACAAAGCCCUUCUACUGUUGGUAGCCUUGCCAAAACUCCAGUGUCUCUGGCAUCUACUAACCCAGCUAAACCAAAUAACAGCCCUUCUGUGCCCAGCCCUGGUAUUCAGAGGAACUCUCCGGCCAGUGCUGGGUCAAUAGGGACAACACUGGCAGUACAGGCUGUUUCUACAGCACAUCCUGUUGCCCAAGCCACAAGGACUACUUUGACCACAGUGGCUACUUCAGGACUGUAUAAUCCUACCAGCAAUCGAGGUCCCAUACAGAUGAAGAUCCCACUCUCUGCAUUCAGUAGUCCAGCUCCCACUGAACCAAGCACCAUCACAGCAUCUCGAGUUGAGAGCCAGACAAACAGACCACCAACUGAUGCUUCAACAAAUAAGAGACCAAUUGAGAGCACAGCACAGAGUGGGAAGGUCACAGGCAGUGACUCAGGAGGUGUCAUUGAUCUCACCCUGGAUGAUGAAGAUGAUGGCUCUUCCCAAGCAGAUGCCAAGAAGCAGAAUCAGUCGGGUGUGUCUGGAAUGGGUCUAUCCUCCCAGCCCUUGGCUCGCCCACUGCAGCCUUUACAGGCAACUCCUCUGCAGCAGACAGGUGUGCCAACAAGUGGGCCUUCCCAGACCACCAUACAUGUACUACCUACAGCUCAGACAACAGUGAAUGUAACGCAUCGUCCAGUGACUCAGGGUGCUGCUAGGCUCCCCAUACCGAGAGCCACUGCUAACCACCAAGUGGUCUAUACUACCCUUCCUGCACCACCAGCUCAGAAUCCAGUGAGAGGUGCCGUCAUGCAGAGCCCUGGUUUAAGGCAGGUCAGCCCACAGAGUGCAGGUUUGACAGUGCGAAUGCCUCAAACGACUGCCUAUGUUGUGAACAACGGGCUAACCCUUGGAUCUGGAGGCCCUCAACUCACGGUGCAUCACCGGCCACCACAGGUGCAUGCUGAGCCGCCACGUCCUGUGCACCCAGCACCACUGCCAGAGGCCCCACAACCACCACGCCUGCCCCCUGAAGCUGCCAGCACCUCCCUGCCUCAGAAGCCACAGCUGAAGCUGGCACGAGUGCAGAGCCAGAAUGGUAUUGUACUGUCGUGGAGUGUCAUGGAAGUGGACCGGAGCUGUGCCAGCGUGGACAGUUACCAUCUGUAUGCUUACCAUGAAGACCCGAGUGCCACCAUGCCUUCCCAGUGGAAGAAGAUUGGGGAGGUAAAGGCCCUCCCGCUGCCUAUGGCAUGCACUCUCACGCAGUUUGUAUCUGGCAGCAAAUAUUACUUUGCAGUUCGGGCUAAGGAUAUUUAUGGACGCUUUGGACCUUUCUGUGACCCCCAGUCCACAGAUGUGAUCUCUUCCCAGAGCAGUUAAACCAGAGACCUUUGGAGCCAUUAAAACUUUCCCACUAUCAAGAGUGACUCCAGUUUGGGAUUUUCAUCCCAUACAUGAAAUUCACUGUUCAAUUCACUCUCUUUAGGAUUAUUUUGGACAGCCCUGUGUGAUACACUACAUCUAUUGAGAACCCAAAGCAAAAUUUAAUUCUCAGCCUGCAGCAAGAGAACUUAUUUUUCUGGACAGCUCAAGCCUUGGGAAUUUGAAAUCUAAAUGUUCCUCUUCCCCUAUGGCUGCUUCUUUCAGAGAUACCUACCCUUUAUCCAAGGGGAUUCUGGACAGCUGGGAUUCUGCUUCAGACUGGGAACAGGAUCAUACAUUGCACAGUUUGCCCGAAGCAAACACAACUCGUCUAUGACGUGCUGAACAGUUACAAUGGCGCUAACAUGAGGACAGGAACAGACUCACUUGCUCCCUACAACUCAGUAAGAAGGUUGUGAGGGGAAAGGAUUCUGGGUCUGACUUCUUUUGAACUGGAAGCUUGAGUAGUUUGGUUUCAUCUUAUAAACAAAUCCACUCUCCAGAGGGAAAGAAAUCUUGAGUCUGUCCAAUGCAGGAGAGGUGUGCAUAAAUCUGGAGGUGGUGCAAGAAAACCCCCACUACUCUCCACUCCCCACCUCCCGGUUAGAAUCUGGGAGUAUUAUCAAAUCAGGUCUGAAACUGGUUUGUAGAGACUUCAUUCACAUUUUCUCUUUGUAGCUCAGAUAAUUCUCUGUCCCCUCCUCAUACUUCCAGCCCUGUUUUUUUUAAAUUUAUUUUGUGCCUUAAAGAGUAAUUUCAGAAAUAAAUGUAGCCAGAUCUCUGUUGUGUUGGUUAGGUGUGGUAUUUUUUUUUCUUCACCCUUUUAGCCUCCUGUUGCUGCUCCUCUUCCUGGCCCCAAUACAAUUGCUCCAUUCUGACAGACCCCAGAAAGUGUAGCACUGGUAUCUCUGGGUUCAGUCGCACCUGUGAUAUCAUUCAACGCAACACAGUUCUUGAGUGGCUGGUUUUAUCCCGUGAAGAUGGUUAGUAAGUUAUACAGACAGUAUUCUGCAUCAGCACCCUUCCCUGUUCUCCUGGGAAGGCUGAAUGCUAGAUUGGCCAAAGGAAAUCUGUGUGGCACUGAAAGUCUUCCAUUUCAUCCCACAUGCUUUGGAUACUGUAUUAAUACAAAAAGGUAUCAAGAUAAUGUUGGUUCCCCAUCCCCAUCUCUUCUCCCAGCCCCUAGUCUGUCUCCACUGGAUAAACAACCAAAUCCAGAACACAGUUUUGAAAAACUUAUUUCAUCCAUUGGCCCAAAAGUUGUAGAGCAAUUGCAGACUUGAAUAGGGCCUUUCACGAUGCUUAUGAAUGGAGUCAAAAGGAAAGCUGCUUUUCCACCAGGCAUUUGUUGUGGCUUGAUUUGAACAGACCCACAGAUCUACACACACGUGGCAGAUAAGAUUCUACCUUGCCAUCUUGCAGAAGAAUAAAGCUGGUUUGUUGUCUUUCCUGCCCAGUAGAGUCAAACAACUUCCUGGGCAGGGAAAGGAGCCGUCCGUUACCCAUUUCACUGGGUAAGGAUAGCCCAGCCACAGUAGAAGCCUUUUUGCUCUCUUGUCUCUUGAAACUACUGGAUUUUAAACUAUAAAAUGAGGUUGGAAAGUCUAAAUGCCAGAACAUGCUCAUAAAAUGUGUUUUGGGAGUGUGGGUUCUUUAUUUUGUUCCUAUAAAGAACUUGUGUCGGUAAAAUAACACUGUAUUGUAAAGCCCCCUAUAGGGACCCCCAUCCUUUUGUAUGUAACAUUUAUGCUCUCGCAUGCCCAUCACUUCUUCCUGUUGCUGGGAUCUUCAUUCCUUUCAGAUGAACAAGAAGCAUUCUCUCUUGUGGAAUUUCUGUUUUAUCUUUCGUGUUAUCAGCUGUAGUCAGGAAUAUCACUGAUCUCAGUGAAUAAAUGUUUAGGAAUUCAAGUAUCCCAAGAGAAGGUUCACACCUGUUCAUUUUUUCCACAGUAUUUAACCCUCCACUGAAUAACAGCCACCUCCAUUUCCCUGGUGCGAAUAAUCAAUAAUGCUUUGACAUUUUCUGGAUUUUAACCACUGUUCUGUCUGCCACCUUCAAGGAUAAGACCUGCUUAAUUGUAUGUUUUAGGCUAUUUAUAUAAAGUUGGAUCUUAAUGCGCCAACUGUCUUUUUACAGUGACUAUCUUAGGGCCAUUUAGACAUAUUUAGUUCUCCUUAGACUACUUUUAAUAAGCUGUCUGGAGCAGUACCAAAGGAAGAUGGAGGACAUUUCAGUGCAAAGAGAGAGUGUAGUUUAAAACGGGGCAGGAGAGGACCCACACCCUAGGAUGGAUGCUGCUUGUUUAACAUCCUCUCCAUUGUGACUCCAGUCCACACCAUUCACAUGUGAGCAUGUCUGUAAUAUGUGUUUUGCCCUCAUUCAGUUCUUGACUGUUAUGGGCCCUGUCUUGCUGGAGAGAGGUCCCCUUGGCUGACUUUCCAUUCCUUUCAUCUGAUGGAAAUGGUGGUUAUCAGGAAUGUCCUAGCAUUGUGUUUGUUGGAGAUUUUGUGCAACCUGUUUUUAGCUGGACUGGGUGCUUAAACAAAGGAAGAUGGAAAUGCAGCCAAGAAUAAUUCUUUAAAUCUCAAGCUGAUUUAGUGGCCCUGAAGGGAACUGUGGGAAGCAGCAGAACUGGGUGAAUUGGCUUUAGAUGUGGUUCUAGUCUGAAAAGUGACUGUAAUAAGUGACCUGCUCAGCAGAUCUGCUCCCAGUCUGUGUAGUAGUCAUUGAUGUGUUUUAGCCAUAUGGGCGACUAAAAAGUUUCCGCUUGUUCUGUGGAGUCAACACAACUGUAGGAGAAUGAUUCUGCUUCACCCAAAGAGAUGUUAAUAAAUUGCAACUGCUGAAACUUUAAUUGGUGGUGACAAUGUGUUAAUCAGCAGGACCAUAGUUUGACGUGGAAGCCUCCAAACGUAGUCAGGUAUCAAAGUUAGCUGAUCUGGAAAUCAGAGACAGUAAAUAGGAGACCUCAUUAUGCCAUUUUACAGUGUCACUUUCAGAAUAGAAUUGCUCUCUGCAAUGGGCAUUAUCUCUGUUAUGUUAGCCAAUAGGAGCUGUGCGGAGCUCCUCGUCUGGAAGUCAUGCUGUGGCCCCCUACAUUACCCUGUUGUGGCUACUUGUGUUUCUUUUUUGUUCUCCCAUAGAAGCAAUAAAACUGUUUUAAAACUUCUGCUUGUAACAGACAUUCUGGAAUAACUGGUUACACUGCAAAAUACCUUCUUUCAGAGUAUUACAAAAAAUAGUUGCUGGACUGCUUAGUACAGGACUGUAAAUGAAGUGCGUUUUUAGGAUGGAGCUCUCUGUGGAAGUGUUUGUCCCAGUUAGGAUUGUUGGAAGCCUCAACACUUGUUUUUAAAUGUACUAAAAUAUCUAAGUGACAUUAAGGGGCGGGGCUGUUUUUAAUCUCUGUUUUGCACUUUGUCAGAGUUUCUUUUCCCCCUUGCCAUGUUCUCAGCACUAUAGUGUAUGGCUGCUCCUUGCUUACGGUUUUUGCUCUUGCCACUGUGUAUAUAACAAUACAAAGAUGGAGCUUGUUCUCCAAGUUUUAAGAAAUACAGUACUGUAUCUUUAGCUCUGUUUUUCCCACCUUCAUUUCUGACGUGUUCUUUUCUUGUAUGUAGUUCUUGGGAUCUGAUUUCCAGGUUAUGAGUAGUGUAAUUUAAUUCAAUUUCUGGUUGGGAGAGAAAUGAGAUUGGUUUCCUUUCUGUACACAAGUGGGGUGCUGUUGGCAAAAUGCUGUUAAUUUCCAUUGAAUUUCCCUCUGCCACAGACCCACUGACCUGCCUGUCCCUGACUUCUUUUCUCAGCUUAUGUUGAGAAGCUUUAUCAAAUUCAGGCAACUAAGACUUAAAACGUGUUGAUUUGUAACCUACAGGCACAAUAUUGUCUGUGCAUCAUUGUACCUGCACUAGCAGCCUGUGGAAAUUGCAGGGUACAAUAGCUGUACAAUUCUCUUUAUGCCUGUAGUCAAGCAUGUGUUAAAUAUUUAAAUGCUCUGAUCAGCUUCCCCUGAGUAGCAAUUGAUAUUAAAAACCUGCUAUACCAAACUGUUUACGCCACCAUCCAUGUCUGAGUGAGUUUUAGAGAUUAUCUAGCACUAGCAGUGAGACAGUUGCCCAUCCUGACUUGAAUUUUUAGCAUGGGGUGGGAAGGUGGCAAUACCUGUGCUGUCUUCACCUUUACACACAAAGGGCCUGAUCCUGCAUCCUUUGAAAACAAUAGCAAAACCUUCAUGGGGAGCAAGAUUGGGCCCAAUAAUUCUAGAAUUGCUAGGAUCUGAGCACAGUACCGUACUGCAACAAACCUGGUCAGUUCUCUUAUGCAGUUUGCCUAAAGUGUCUAAUGAACCAGAAAUCAUAUUAUAUGAAAGGACAGGCCAAAACGACAUCGUUUUGUUCUUGUUCCCUGAAGAGCAGCGUCCCAGUAUUACAGUACGGCAAACACUGUAUAAAACUAAGCUGUGAUUCUGCCUUCUUACAAACUUUGUAGUAUUUUCAUUUAGUCAACAACAAAAUCUAUCCAGAUUUUUAAAAUAAAGGCUUGAUAUAUUAAAUAUAUAUUUUUUUAAUUUGGCUUUUCUUUUUGGGUAGGGGUGGGCACCAAGUACAAAAGUAUUGGCAGUUCAGCGGAGUUCAAGCUAGGCUGCUAGUCUAACCAGUCCUGCAACCAAGAUCCCCUUCAACCAGCUUCUGGUGGGGAGCAUGAAACAUAGGAAUAGAUGGAGAAUGCAAAUGAAUUUUUUUUUUCCCUCUUCAGAUCUAAUCAAUCUAUUAAAACUGAUUGUUUCUCAUUUUAUUGUGCAGCCUGAGCAUUCUUUUUUUAAAAAAAUAUUUAAAGAGCCGUCUGGAUUUAAUGGGUUAUAUCUGUAAAUAAGGUAACUGCGUAGGCAUCUGGGGUCUAGUUUGGCUUUAGUAAUUUAUCAGCCAUUAAAAUACACACGUGUACAAUAUCCUUUGUAGGAGACUCACAACAUGAUUUUUCUUUCGCAGCUGAACAUGUAAAUAAAGAUAAUGUAGGACCUAUCUAAUGUCCAAUUUAAACUGGGCACUUGCAAGCUCUCCCCAUUUUUUGUAUGUAUUGUAGAUUAGUGUGUGUAUAAGUGUUAACUGUAAUGGGGUUUUGUCCAAAAAGCCUGAAAUUUAUACUUUGAAAUAAACUACUGGGUUUUUAA